AUGCUUAUUCCAAAGAAAAACCGCAAAAGUAUCUAUGAAAGUCUUUUCAAAGAGGGUGUUUUAGUUGCAAAGAAAGAUUUCAACGCUCCAAAGCAUACGGAUAUCGACGUACCUAAUUUACACGUGAUCAAAGCUUGCCAAAGUCUCAACUCCAAAGGAUAUGUUAAGACACAGUUCUCAUGGCAGUAUUAUUAUUAUUCCUUAACAGAUAAAG